AUGGAUCCCUCAGCUCUUCAAGACGAAAACGCGAGUGUAUUCAACCAAUCUACAUCACUCAGAAAUCAUCCUAGUCCCACUCCUCAGAGUACCAAUUCCGGAGGCACUGCCAGUUUCACCUCUGUCUCAAGACUUCCACUCGGAAACCUCGCACUAAACAGUCCGUCAAGCUCAUUUGCUACUCCUCGACAUCGAAAGAAGCCUGGGGUACGAGCAGGGACAGAUCUUGUGGUUGGCAGAGUUGAGCCGUGGCCAUGGAUCGGUCGAACUGUGCCUCUUCACUUGCUCGAGGAGACAUCACAGGAGAUAAACGGCCAUGAUACGAAGAACUGGCAGAUGAAGCUGGCAAGAAAGGUCCUUGAAGGCCAUGAUGCAAUUGGUAUUGCUGGGACCGGUGCUGGGAAAUCUCUGGUUUUCGGACUUCUGGCUCUCGCAGCAGAACUUGCAGGUUCUCCGGGGAUUGUGAUUGUCCUCUCCCCAUUGAAAUCACUGCAAAAGGAUCAAGUGCAACGCAUUAAUACUUCAAACACAGUUGUGCGUGCAAAUGGGAUUGAUAAGAUCAAUCUAACAGCAGUGGAAAUCAACGAAGACAACAAGGACAACAAAGUGUUUACUCGCCUUGAAGAGGGCCAAUAUAGGCUCUGCUAUGCCUCGCCCGAGUGCUUGCUGCGAAGUAAUCGUUUCAAGCAACUUUUUCGCACCGAAGAAUUUCGACGCAAGCUUGUCGCGGUGGUCAUAGACAAAGCACAUGUCAUUGAGGCCUGGAAGGACGAGUUCAGGAAAGACUAUGGCGAGCUGGCAGCACUCAAUAUCAUUGUCGGAACGGAGCAGGCACUUUGCACCUGCACCCUCUGCCGCUCUCUCAUCACCUCUCCCAAACUACGCAAGGGUUUGUUACCAUUUACCGCCGUGAAUUCGGAGGCAUACAAAGAGACCGUCAUGGACCUCUUCCAAGACGGCAAGGCACGCUGGAUCUUCGCGACAAUUGCAGCUGGAAUGGGCAUGGACAUUCCAGAUAUCAAGAUGGUUGUCAUAUAUGGCAUCAACAAGUUCGGUAGUGCGUUUCAGAAGGGUGGGCGUGCAGGACGUUCAGCAGGGAUGAAGGCGACAGCCAUGUGGUUGAUUGAGCCAUGGGUUUUUGAACCGAAGCCCGAAACUCUGGACCCUGCAAAGCCACCCAGCAAGAAAGCCAUCGCAGAGAAGGAAAAGCGAGAAAAGCUGGACCCACCUACAUGCGAGUACAUAAACUGA